AUGGCCGCCCGCACGAUGGAAGCCCGCACUGGCCGGAAGAACCAGCGAUACUCCCCCGUCGGCGAACGGCUCGUCGCCGGCGUCGUGCCCGUCUCCCCCGACAAAUCCAAGGUGCUGCUCAUCCAGUCCGCUCGCCCCGGCGGCUGGGUCCUCCCCAAGGGCGGCUGGGAGCUGGACGAGCCCACCGCCCACGACGCCGCCUGUCGCGAGGCCUGGGAGGAAGCCGGCGUUGUGUGCACCGUCAUAAAGGAUCUGGGCAAGAUAUCAGACAUGCGCAGUCCAGUGCAGAUCUCCGCCAAGGCGCCCAAGGUGCUGUAUCAGUUUUUCGAGGUCCGCGUCGACCGCGAGGAGAACCAGUGGCCGGAGAUGCAUAAGCGGAAGAGGCAGUGGGUGACGUAUGCGCAGGCCGUGGCGGCGUUGACAGGCAGGCCGGAGCUGCUCGAUGCUCUCAAUAGGAGCUCGCUCAAGCGGUAG